AUGAGUUCACUGAUGUUGAUUUCGCAAUUUUUGGGCACACGAACUGCUCUCAUCCCCAUCCAUCAUCAUUCUAUGCAACACACUAGGUUCGAUGGACACGAGCCCGCAUUCCUCGCUGCAUAUCCAGAGGCCACUGUGGGCCACACAGCUUUGCUUCGGGCAAUCAACCGCGCGAAGAAGGAGCGCGGGGAUAUCAUCCCUCGAAAGAGAUUGACUCCACGAGAGGCUCUGCAGGCAUUGAAGGUCGAGCUCAAGGAGUAUCACAAAGGAGCGGAUCCUUUCAACCGUAAGAUUCGCAAGCACGAGAAUGUUCGAGACUGGUGGUUAGCUGUUCAAAAGGACGAAAACGCACGAGUUCUUGGGGCCCUUGCAAUCAAGUUAUACUCCGUCGUCCCAGUGUCGAUGGCCGACGAGAGGACAGUUUUAACAAUCACGUGGCUUAACAGCCCCACUCGGAGCAGACAAGACAUCUCGACAUUAAAAGAACAUAUACAGAUUCGUCAGUGGCACCGCUGGCAAGCUGACGUGAGCAAAGAACCGACAGUCGCUCCUUCCGUCAAAUGGCGAGAUAUGUAUGCAACCAUCCACGGUAAACCUGAGACACCACCUGUUGUCCCGCCACCUACUCGACCACCUAUCGUGACCGCGGACAUCAUUUCGAGCUUGACCAACGAACAUCAAGGUAGAUGUUCAGACUCGGAUGAUGAAGACGGGGAUUGGCGUGAUAGCACGGACUAUGUGGGUUUAGCUGGCAUGAAAAGCACGGAGUUCAAUGUGGGUAAAGACAUUGACAUAUCAUCCACGUACCUCCUCGAUAUUCUGUCAGACCACCCUGUACAGCCAACAGCUGCUCGUGGAGGUCCGUCGACGCCAAAGGUGAUGGCCACGACUUCGUCCUCGACACCGAUGGAUGAUGAGUGGGCGGAAUGGAGAUAAGCAGCUUCGUUGUAUAUUACGGUCAAUUAGACCAAAUUUACCUGCAAAUCAGCGCAAAUCAGCGUCAAAGAGCUAUGGGUGAAUUUGAGUGAAUUUGCUUUCAUUUACACUCGUCAAUUAGGCCCUCACUGUGGGUCGUGCUAAUUAGCCGGUCAACCAGAGCGGGAUCCCUAAUUCCCUGAACCCUAUGUGGCACGGAGACAAGAAGCGUAGUGCCACGUCCGACGUUCGCUCGAAGACCAAACUCUAUUCCUCCGCUCGUACCUCGUUACAUAAUAGACUACCAACAUUUCUUCUUCGCGCCAUUAAGACCUCCAUCCACGACAUAACAGCAACCCGCACAGGUGCAUGUUUGCACGACCUCCACAGUAUGGUCUUGCGCACAGUAAUACAUAUACGGUUUGUUGUUGUUAUAACCCGCGAGGAGUGCGCAGGCCCACUGUUCUGCAAGCACCCGUA